AUGUCCUACUCAAAUCUCGAAGGGGUUAAAGUUUUAGCACCAAUUAGUGAUAAACCUGAAUAUUCACCAUCUAAAACCAGUCAAGCUGAUAUUUUAACUAAACCAGCAUUGGCAUUUGUUGUUUUACUUCACCGUUCUUUUAAUAAGACCAGAAAGCAAUUGCUUGAAAACCGUCAAUUGGUUCAAAAACAAUUGGAUGAUGGUAAACCAUUAGAAUUUUUGAAAGAUGAAUGGGCAACUAAGAUUAAACAAGAUCCAAUUUGGCAAGGACCAGUUCCGGGAAUUGGAUUGGCUGAUCGUAGAACAGAAAUUACUGGACCACCAGAAAGAAAAAUGAUUGUUAAUGCUUUGAAUACUCCAGUUAAAACAUACAUGACUGAUUUCGAAGAUAGUGCAGCACCAACUUGGUCAAAUGUUAUUAACGGUCAGGUUCAUUUAUAUGAUGCUUUGAGAAAUCAAAUUGAUUUCACUAGCCCAGAUAAUGGGAAAACUUAUAAAGUUGAUCGUCUGGGAAAUCGUCACAUUCCAACAAUCAUUGUUAGACCAAGAGGAUGGCAUAUGGUUGAUAAACAUAUUGAAGUUGACGGUGAACCAAUUAGUGCUUCAUUAUUAGAUUUUGGUCUUUAUUUUUUCCAUAAUGCCAAAACUUUAAUCAAUGAUUUAGGUUUAGGUCCUUAUUUCUAUUUGCCUAAAAUGGAACAUCAUUUAGAAGCUAAAUUAUGGAAUGAUGUUUUCAAUGUUGCUCAAGACUAUUUGAAAAUUUCAAGAGGUAGCAUUCGUGCCACUGUUUUAAUUGAAACCUUACCUGCUGCUUAUCAAAUGGAAGAAAUCAUUUAUCAGUUAAGACAACAUUCUGCUGGUUUGAAUUGUGGUCGUUGGGAUUAUAUUUUUUCCACUAUUAAAAGAUUAAGAUCAGAUUCUUCGAAAGUUUUGCCAGAUCGAGGACAAGUUACAAUGACGGUUCCAUUCAUGAAAGCUUACUGUGAGCGUUUAAUUAAUAUUUGUCACCGUCGUGGAGUUCAUGCUAUGGGUGGUAUGGCUGCUCAAAUUCCAAUUAAAAAUGAUCCUGAACGUAAUCAAAUCGCUAUGAAUAAAGUUGAGUCAGAUAAAUUAAGAGAAGCCACCAUGAACUAUGAUGGUACUUGGGUUGCCCAUCCUGCUUUAGCCCCAAUUGCAAAUGACGUUUUCAAUAAACAUAUGAUUACUCCAAAUCAAAUUCAUAUCAUUCCUCCAGAAAGUGUUAGUGAAUCUGAUUUAUCAAAUACUCUCAUUGAAGGUGGUAAAAUAACUACUAAUGGUAUUAAAGAAAAUUUAUACAUUGCCCUUAAUUAUAUAGAAUCCUGGAUUAGAGGUUUAGGUUGUGUUCCAAUCAAUUACUUAAUGGAAGAUGCUGCAACUGCAGAAGUCUCAAGAUUACAAUUAUACUCUUGGGUUAAACACGGAGUUAAAUUGGCCGAUACUAAUGAAAAAGUCACUCCGGACUUUGUUGAAAAUAUCUUGAAAGAAGAAACUGCAAAAUUAGUUAAGGAAUCUCAAUCUAAAGGUACUGAAAAUAAAUUCGAAAUUGCUGCAAAUUAUUUAAAACCUGAAAUUAGAGGUGAAACCUUGGCUGAAUUCUUAACUACUCUCAUCUACGAUGAAAUCGUCACCGCAUCUUCUCCAAUCGACUUAUCCACUUUAAAGGAUUAA